UUUCCAUUUUAUGCAAAUAUUUUUUACCAUCAGGAGUACAAUUGGGAGUUACCAUUGGGUACAUGAGAUCACCCAAUCUUUCUAUUUGACAGCAGUGACACCACUGUCACUGCUGCGUGGACAGUGAUGCCACUGCUGCAGUGUAGUUAAAGUCACCGUACACACACACGGGCUAAUCACUGAACAGUGAAGACGAGCUUACAGGUGUUCAAGGGAGGGGGGAGAUCGGGACGCUGAUUAACAGCUGUAGUGAGUACGAGGAGUCAGUUCCCCACUGUACGCCCAGUGUACCGCAGGGACAACACCAGCAGCUUGUCAACGGAGCAGCAGUGUGUGUGUGUGGAUCUUCACAGCCCUCGGCUCCACCCACGCUACUCACAGCUGGAGCGGCCAUACUGGAAGUACUUGUGCAAGCUGGCGUUGCAUAAACCUUCACUUGGUGCAGAUGAGACGCUGGAACCAGUUUCGGCUUCCCAGAAAGAUACAAUGCUUCCUGUUGCUCUCCUUCUUCUUCAAUAUGAUCAGCAUGUUCCUCAGUUACCAGGCGUGGGAGGCCGUGUCCAGCGACCCGCAGGCCAGGCUACUCCACCCUAGCAACUACCCUUCUCCACUCGACCCUUUUAUACUCCACCCUUCUCCACUCGACCCUUCUCCACUCGACAAGUCUACACUCGACAGCUCCAAGACGUCCGCAAGAUUGUCCAUCUCCGCUUUACAUUUAAGCGAGUUGUACUUGGAUCCAGCGAUGGACAUGACUGGGAAAGAAGAGAUGGAGGAGGUCCUGGACACACUGCCUAACCUGCCCUUCAGCUACCGUAAAAGGAAUGACCCUCACUUUGGAUCAGGCAACACUAAUUGUAGUAAAUACCCUGAACUAUUUGAUAUUCACUUUAACAGUAUUUACUGGCAGGUCCUUCAGACCAGCAAUGGCAGUUUUUACAUGUACAGCGCCUUUUACGACAACCGCACUCUGAGUAAACACUCACCUUCUCUUAGAAUUCUUGCCAUGAUUAAUCGCAUUGAACCAUCCGUGAAGACCAAAUGCAAGAUCUGGUUUAAUGACAAAAUCUCCCCAGUCAUUGUAAAUGUUUCAGAGUACAGAUAUAUAUGGUACAAGGAAUGGGGUAAUUACAACCAGGGUAUAUUACAGCCAUACCUGCUUGAGUGUAUUGUACCAGCUGAACACAGACAGCUGGUGCCUCAGUCAGUGUCGCUGGUGGAGCAGCCCUGCGACAAGCCAACCAACAACCUUCGGGUCAUCAACAACCAACCGCAAAAUGGGCAGAAAAAGAAUUUUGCUGUGUGCGUCAAAGGGCUAGACUUUUACAUAGAUAAAACCGUGCGUAUUGUGGAGUGGUUAGAACUGCUCUUCCUUCUCGGUGCUGACAAAGUGUUCCUCUACAACAUGGGACUACAACCUAGUAUUAACAAAGUUCUUAAAUACUAUGAACGUUUAGGACUGGUAGAUAUUAAGAAACUUUCAUUGCCCGGUGAACAACCAAAUGAGCGCAACUUGCUACAUAAGUACCUGAAAAAUAAGGGAUUACAGAAACGCCAGAACGAAGUAAUACCAUAUAAUGACUGUUUAUACAGAAACAUGAACCAUUACAAGUAUAUAGUUUUAUUAGACACAGAUGAAGUCAUCGUGCCCAAGACAGCAAGAGACUGGAGGUCGCUUCUUGAUCAAGUGGUCGCAGAAGUGAAGGAGGCACGAAACCGCACUCUGGUAUCUUACUGCGCUCGCAAUGCAUACUUUCUGGAUCCCAUGCAGGAAGCUCAUGGCUACUUCCAUGACAUACCGUCCUACAUGCACCUGAUGCAACAUGUCUACCGCGCCGCCAACUAUAGCAAGCCCGGCUAUAACAUGAAGUGUUUCCACGAUACUCAGAAGGUGCUCACUCUCCACAACCACUACCCUUUUUCCUGCCUCGACCACUGCAAGACCUUGGAUAUGCCCACCGAGUAUGCCCAUCUCCAGCACUCCCGCAAAUACUGUGUUGACGACCAGAGAAAAAUAUGCCCUUCCCUCUUGAAUGACACUGUUCUCGAUAAUACGAUCUGGAGAUACAAGGAACCUUUGAUCAAGAAAACAUUCGAUGUAUUGCGCUAUUUCGGGUUUUUGAAGUCGUGACUGCAACGAAGGGGGAAACUUCUGUAGGUAUGGAAAUUUCAGCGCGUCCAGGAAGGUCAGGGCACGUUCAGUAUGGUUGUUAGUAGCUGGAAGUGUCCUCUUACUCCGUCCAGCGUCCUCCACCUUGAUCAUGGUAUGUGCUUUGUUACCAUUAACUUGAAUUAUUACUUAUAUUUGAAUUAUUUUUACCGUAACUACCUCUUACUUAAACUUCCCCACUAUGGUAUCCGAGGCCUUGUUCUGGACUAUAUUUGUUCCUAUCUCAGUGACAGACACCAAUAUGUAGUCAUCAAUAGCAUAACCUCCCCCACUCUGCCAUUGACAGUAGGGGUGCCACAGGGCAGCAUCUUGGGACCUCUCCUAUUUCUUAUAAACAUCAAUGACUUGCCAAAUGUUUCUAACAUUCUUAAACCUAUUCUAUUUGUUGAUGAUACUACCUUCAUCUAUUAUGACCCCCAAUCCCCACACACUAAAUAAUAUUGUCAACAAUUAAUUAAAAAAAAAGAGUUCACUCAUGGAUGUGAAGAUGUGCCUCCACCCGAGCAACACUGGGCACCCACUCUAAGUCUUCAUUUAUAAGAUAUAGAUAGACCAACCUCUUGAACAAUACGAUCAACCAACCUCUUGAACACUACGACCAACCGACUUCUUGAACAAUACGACCAACCGACCUCUUGAACAAUACGACCAAUCGACCUCUUGAACAAUACGAUCAACCAACCUCUUGAACACUACAACCAACCGACUUCUUGAACAAUACGACCAACCGACUUCUUGAACAAUACGACCAACCGACCUCUUGAACAAUACGACCAACCGACCUCUUGAACAAUACGACCAACCGACCUCUUGAACAAUACGAUCAACCAACCUCUUGAACACUACAAUCAACCGACUUCUUGAACAAUACGACCAACCGACCUCUUGAACAAUACGACCAACCAACCUCUUGAACAAUACGACCAACCAACCUCUUUAACAAUAGGACCAACCCUGACGGGCCUAUGUCCAUCCUGUAACCUAGACCAUUUCCCCUACAAAGUUGGGUGUCUGGCCUCCAACCUCUUACAAACACAUUCUGUGAUAUAUAUAGAUAGUAGCAAGCUGCCGUGUAUACCUAAGCUUGUUAAUAAAGAAUUAUCCAAGCAGACAACAUGACAAGUGUCAGGUCAGGGUUUUAAAAAUCAAACAAGAUAGUUCAUUGCAUUGCUUGUGCACAAAGAUAUGAAUUAAUGCACCAAUUCAUUAAUUAUAUCAACAUUAUAACUUAGCUAAAUAUACUUUGGGGCUCAGUUCCCAAACCCAUUAUAUGCUCUGUAACCUUUUUCACUACCGCCCACGGGAUGGGCAUGGGGUGCAUAAUAAAUUAACAAAAUUUAAAUAAUUAAUUACAUUAGUUUAUUUGCCAUCAGUGCCAAUCUGUAUUUUUGCAAUGCAUUGAUUAUACUGACUUAAGAUUCCCUUUUAACCUCCGUGUAGGGAAAUCCUCACCUCUGAAUAUAAAUGAUAUCAUGGUUGUUUUAUGAGAACCAAUAUUUACAGUAAUGUUUUAUGAGAAGCAAUAUUUACAGCAAUGUUUUAUGAGAACCAAUAUUUACAGUAAUGUUUUAUGAGAAGCAAUAUUUACGACAAUAUUUUUUGAAAAGCAUUGUUUACAGCAAUGUUUUAUGAGAAGCAAUAUUUACAGUAAUGUUUUAUGAGAACCAAUAUUUACAGUAAUGUUUUAUGAGAAGCAAUAUUUACAGUAAUGUUUUAUGAGAAGCAAUAUUUACAGUAAUGUUUUAUGAGAACCAAUAUUUACAGUAAUGUUUUAUGAGAAGCAAUAUUUACAGUAAUGUUUUAUGAGAAGCAAUAUUUACAGUAAUGUUUUAUGAGAACCAAUAUUUGCAGUAAUGUUUUAUGAGAAGCAAUAUUUACAGUAAUGUUUUAUGAGAAGCAAUAUUUACAGUAAUGUUUUAUGAGAACCAAUAUUUACAGUAAUGUUUUAUGAGAAGCAAUAUUUACGACAAUAUUUUUUGAAAAGCAUUGUUUACAGCAAUGUUUUAUGAGAAGUACUGUUUACAGCAAUGGUUUAUGAGAUGAACUGUUUAUAACAAUGGUUUAUGAGAAGUACUGAUUAAAUCAAUGUUUAAUGAGAAGUACUGUUUAUAACACUGUCUUAUGAGAAGUACUGUUUACAGCAAUGGUUUAUGAGAUGUACUGUUUACAACAUUGUUUUAUGAUAAGUAUUGUUUACAACAAUGUUUUAUACACGUAAUGUGAUAAAAGUUUCACUGUAAUGGUCUAUGUAUAUCUGUGCCAAAUUACUAAGAUAUUUCAUACCUUUUUCUUCAAAACAGAAAACCAGUAUGUUGAUGUACAUUAUUGCUAUUUAAUAAUACUAAAAGGGAAACACAAUAGGUAUGUGAUUUGUUUUUAUAUGUAUGCGUUUUUAUUAAAUGAA